AAGUAAAAUGUCACCAGACAAAAGUCACUCUAGCGGGUGUUGGGUUGUUUUGCUAAAGCACUAGCUUUGCUCACAGCCUGGGUCAACUAGCAGACCAAUAUCGAAAUUUCGAUUUUUGUUCCUUUAUUUUUCAAUGAAUUCACAUCAAAUCAAAGAGGUUAUAAGUCGUAUGAAGUCGGACUGAGAUAUUUAAUAAUUUCAGUGUCUUAUCCCCAGCAUUUCCCAGCAUGACUUCUCGUCGGCCUGACAACUUUGAGGGUUUAGGUUACAGGGGCAGGGAAGAUCCGUCAUUCAGCGGGGGUUAUUCAGGGAGGUCAUUUAAUAAUUCAUCUAGUGCUGACCUCCAGCAGUGGGUCACCACACCUCCGGAUAUACCCGGUAGCCGAAACCUGCAUUUUGAUGACCACACACCCCAAUUUGAGACUGCACCUGCUCCGCCUGGAGCUGCAGACGAGACACAGUCAGCGACUCCACCGUCCGAGCAACUGAACAGAUUUGCUGGGUUCGGGAUAGGUCUUGCAAGCCUCUUUACAGAAAAUGUACUGGCCCAUCCCUGCAUUGUGUUUCGACGUCAAUGUCAGGUGAACUAUCAUGCCAGGUGUUACCACUUGUCACCACUGACAGCCAUCAGCGUGAUGUACAAUGUCACAAAAACUCAGGGUCCAAAGGCUUUAUGGAAAGGAAUGGGCAGCACUUUUGUUGUGCAGGGAGUCACCCUUGGAACUGAGGGAAUCAUCAGUGAAUGCACUCCAUUGCCAAGAGAGUUAUCACACAGGUGGAUCCCCAAACAAGUUGUAGGACAUUUAGUGCUCAAAGGUUUGACAUAUGUGGUUGCGAUGCCGUUUUACUCAGCAAGUCUCAUCGAGACUGUACAGAGUGAAAUAAUCCGAGACAAUCCAGGCAUACUGGAUUGUGUGAAAGAAGGCAUUGGACGUGUAAUGGGAAUGGGUAUACCCCACAGCAAGCGCCUACUUCCUCUCUGGAACCUGGUUUUCCCUACGGUACUCCACGGCAUUCUUCACUAUAUCAUUAGUUCCAGCGUGCAGAGGCUGGUUCUUUAUCUGUUGCGUCGUCAGAAAAGUGGUUCGCAGAAACCCCUGUCCUCUGACUCAGGACUGGACUCGGUUCAGUCGAUGCUGGAUGCCUACUUUCCCGAGCUCAUGGCCAGCUUUGCAGCCAGCCUGUGUGCGGAUGUGCUGUUGUUUCCUUUGGAAACUGUGUUGCACAGGCUGCACAUCCAAGGAACACGCACCAUCAUUGACAACACUGAUCUAGGUUUCGAGGUUUUGCCCAUAAACACGCAAUAUGAAGGAAUGAGAGACUGUAUAAACUCUAUUCGGCGCGAGGAGGGCACCAUGGGUUUCUACAAGGGCUUCGGCUCCAUCGUGGUGCAGUACUCGCUGCACGCUGCGGUGCUGCAGAUAACCAAAAUGAUCUACUCGGCGAUGUUGCGAAAUGCUUGAGUGGAAUGAUUCAGUGAGAUUUCUUCCAAAUUUCAUUGAGGGAUUCUUUUUGGGUUGGGUUGGACAUUCCAAAAAAGUUUGAUUUGGCUAAAAAUACGUGAUGUUUUCUUGGCCCUCCUCUGUGAAUUGGCAGCUUACAUAUGUUGUUUCACGAAGCACUGGUUGUCUAGUUAAUUUGCACGAUUCAUUUUAUUAGCUGUAAUGCAGUUGUGCUUCUAUGUUAGUCAGUAACCAUCCACCGCCAAACAUACCAAUAAGUAUAAUCUUUUCAAACAUCACUGUAAUUAUGUUCUCAUUCACUUUGCUGGACAUUGGAUCUCUUGAUGUGGUGUGAAUGUGGUGGUUCUGUUGGUUACAGGCAACAUUUGUUAAAGGACUGUGCCAUGUUCUUGCAAUGUGUACAAUGUGAGUAGUUGUAUAAAAUGCCAUUAAAUAAUAUUUGUAUCUUUGUGAAACUUGUGCUAAUGUUUUAAACAACAAUCUGGAUAUAGAAGAUAAUUAGUUAAAUUCCUUACAAAGGUAAUCAUUAUGUACACGGACGCAUGUGUAAAACUAACCCACGCCUGGUUAUUAUAGCAAAUAAUCAAAGUUCUAAAUUAUUGGGCCAUGUGCUUUAAAAUA